CUGGGGGCCGCGCUCGCCAGCUCCGACUGUAGCCAGUCCUGGCCGCUGGGUCCCGGCCGCGCGUCUGCGGGCCAGGUGCAAUUAACUCCUCCCGAGCAACUUUGCGGCGAGCCCGGAGGCCCACGGGCGUCGCGGCGCCGCGUGCGGCUCACUCGCGGGCGGGAUGGCCGCCAGCGCCCCUCCUCCAAGCCCCCCCGGCCCCCAGCCUCCACUGCUGCCUCAGCCCCAGGUCCGCUCACGGCUCAAUGCCACCACCUCAGUGGAGCAGGAGAGGAGUGGGGCGCCCCAAGCUCCCGGACCCCAAGUUGGACCUGGACCAGACGUGAGAGAUACAGCUGCUGGAGCUGUGCCCCGGGCUUCGCAUACCAGGAGCCCAGAAAGAGUGGAUGGAGCAGGACCCAUGAAGGGAGGUGUAGAAACCCCCUUUGAGGAAGUCCUGGAGAAGGCCAAGGCUGGGGACGCCAAGGCGCAGACGGAGGUGGGGAAACACUACCUGCAGCUUGCCGGCGACGGGGACGAAGAGGUCAACAACUGCACUGCCGUGGACUGGCUGACCCUCGCCGCCAAGCAGGGCCGGCGCGAGGCCGUCAAGCUUCUCCGCCGGUGCCUGGCGGACAGAAGAGGCAUCACCUCCGAGAAUGAGCAAGAGGUGAAGCAGCUUUCCUCUGAGACCGACCUGGAGCGGGCCGUGCGCAAGGCGGCCCUCGUCAUGUACUGGAAACUCAACCCCAAGAAGAAAAAGCAAGUGGCCGUGUCAGAGCUGCUGGAGAACGUGGGGCAGGUCAACGAGCAUGAUGGAGGGAUGCAGCCUGGCCCUGUCCCCAAGUCGGUACAGAAGCAGCGGCGGGUGCUGGAGCGCCUGGUCAGCAGUGAAUCCAAGAGCCACAUAGCGCUGGAUGACUUCGUGGAGAUCACCAAGAAGUACGCCAGGGGCAUCAUCCCCACCGACCUGUUCCUGCAGGACGACGAUGACGAUGACGAGCUGGCGGGCAAGAGCCCGGAGGACCUGCCCCUCCGCCUGAAGGUGGUCAAGUACCCCUUGCACGCCAUCAUGGAGCUCAAGGAGUACCUGAUCGACGUGGCGUCCCGGGCAGGCAUGCACUGGCUGUCCACCAUCGUGCCCACCCACCACAUCAACGCCCUCAUCUUCUUCUUCAUCAUCAGCAACCUGACCAUCGACUUCUUUGCCUUCUUCGUGCCGCUGGUCAUCUUCUACCUGUCCUUCAUCUCCAUGGUCAUCUGUACCCUCAAGGUUUUCCAGGACAGCAAGGCCUGGGAGAGCUUCCGUGCCCUCACUAGCCUGCUGCUGCGCUUCGAGCCCAACCUGGACGUGGAGCAGGCCGAGGUAAACUUCGGCUGGAACCACCUGGAGCCCUACGUGCACUUCCUGCUGUCUGUCUUCUUCGUCAUCUUCUCCUUCCCUGUCGCCAGCAAAGACUGCGUGCCCUGCUCGGAGCUGGCCGUUGUGUCUGUCUUCUUCACCGUCACCAGCUACAUGAGCCUGAGCACCUCCGCCGAGCCCUACACCCGGAGGGCUCUGGUGACCGAGGUGGCAGCCGGCCUGCUCUCCCUCCUGCCCUCCUUGCCCGUCGACUGGCACUACCUGAAGCUCCUGGGCCAGACCCUGGUCACCGUGCCCAUCGGCCACUUCGUCAUCCUGAACAUCAGCGUCCCUUGCCUGCUGUACGUCUACCUGCUCUACCUGUUCUUCCGCAUGGCCCAGCUGCGCGGCUUCAAGGGCACCUACUGCUACCUGGUCCCCUACCUGGUCUGCUUCAUGUGGUGCGAGCUCUCCGUGGUCAUCCUGCUCGAGUCCACCGGCCUGGGGCUGGUGCGCGCGUCCGUCGGCUACUUCCUCUUCCUCUUCGCUCUCCCCGUGCUGGUGGCUGGCCUGGCGCUGAUGGGCGUGGUGCAGUUCGCCCGCUGGUUUGUGUCCCUGGAGCUCACCAAGAUUGCGGUGGCCAUGGCGGUCUGCAGCGUCCCCCUGCUGUUCCGCUGGUGGACCAGGGCCAACUUCUCCGUGGUGGCGACGGUCAAGUCCCUGACGCGGAGCUCCAUCGUCAAGCUCAUCCUGGUGUGGAUCACGGCCAUCGUGCUCUUCUGCUGGUUCUACGUGUACCGCUCGGAGGGCAUGAAGGUCUACAACUCCACGCUGACCUGGCAGCAGUACGGCUUCCUGUGCGGGCCGCGGGCCUGGAAGGAGACCAACAUGGCCCGCACCCAGAUCCUGUGCAGCCACCUGGAGGGCCACAGGGUCACGUGGACCGGCCGCUUCAAGUACGUCCGCGUGACGGAGAUCGACAACAGCGCCGAGUCGGCCAUCAACAUGCUCCCGUUCUUCGUGGGCGACUGGAUGCGCUGCCUCUACGGCGAGGCCUACCCCGCCUGCAGCCCCAGCGGCGCCUCCACGGCUGAGGAGGAGCUCUGCCGCCUCAAGCUCCUGGCCAAGCACCCCUGCCACAUCAAGAAGUUCGACCGGUACAAGUUCGAGAUCACGGUGGGCAUGCCCUACCGCAGCGCCAACGGCACCCGCAGCCCCGAGGAGGACGACGUCACCAAGGACAUCGUGCUGCGGGCCAGCAGCGAGUUCAAGGACGUGCUCCUCAGCCUGCGCCAGGGCAGCCUCGUCGAGUUCAGCACCGUCCUGGAGGGCCGCCUGGGCAGCAAGUGGCCGGUCUUCGAGCUCAAGGCCAUCAGCUGCCUCAACUGCAUGGCGCAGCUGUCGCCAGCCCGGCGGCAUGUCAAGGUGGAGCAGGACUGGCGCAGCACGGUGCACGGCGCCCUCAAGUUCGCCUUCGACUUCUUCUUCUUCCCCUUCCUGUCGGCGGCAUGAGGCCGCGUCCCGCUGCAGGCGCGUCGGUGCAUGUGGCCGCCGGGACCCCCUCGUGUGGCCUGCCUGCAACACUGACCACUGUGUGCGCGCGCGUGCAAACGCAGGGCUGUGGGGACCUUUCGUGUGUAGUCUGCUCACGCCUCCGUAAACGGGCUGACCACUUCAGCUCUGUCCACCCUGCGCCGCGUGGUUGGAAGUUGCAUGCACAGCCUCGACCCACAGUCCUGACCUCCGGUGCGCCGCUGGGGUGCCAAGCUGGACCAGGUUCCUGUGCCCGAAAAGCGCUUUACAGCCGACGUCUCCCCUUCCACCUCCAUGCACGCCGUGGCCCCUCAUUUACUUCUGUUUGGGUUUGUUUUUUUAAAGAACCAAUAGUGCUGCUGUGUAAACUCCACCGUAACAUUUCUUAUUUAUUUGGUCGCUGCUAAGCCUUGACAGCUGUUUGCCGGUCCCGGGGCCGUGCAGAGCUGCCCUGCUCUGUCCUGUGGCCAGGGCCCCGCCAGGGCCCCGCCUGAGCCCGAUACUGGAGGCUGGCAGAAGCCGUGAGCUCUGCGUCCCAUAGCCUGCCUGCCUCCCGGCUCCCCAUCUGGUGGGUGGCGGGUGAGCUUGUGAGGGUAUCACCUGAAGGCACCUGGGGGUCCCUUCCCAGUUCUCAGCAAAGUUUGGCCGUGUUCAGGAGGAGGGAACAGAAAGUCAAGGUCCUAAAGCAGCUGAAAUAAAAACCUUUGCCGGAA